UGGAUCGACACCUGCUGUAUCGACAAAUCUCACGACCAGGAGCUUCAAGAAGGGAUCAACUCCAUGUUCCGUUGGUUCAGAGAAGGCAACCAUUGCUACGUCUACCUCACCGAUGUGCGACAAAUACUAGCGACGAUAACGACAGACCUUCACAAGUACAAUGGGAGAGAGCCCUCAGAAGCAGCCAGUUGUUCACCCGCGGCUGGACACUAA